AUGACCCCCUCCUUUGAAGAGAAAUUCGAGCAAGCGGUCAAAGAUGGCGUCUUUCCUGGCGCCAUCUUGAUGGCCAGAGACAAGUCUGGCAAGCUAGACUUUACCAAAUCCUUUGGCAAAACUUCUAUUGGAGCCUCUGCCAGGCCUCUCGAACCCAAUAGCAUCCUCUUCCUAGCCUCAAUGACCAAACUCCUCACCUGCAUCGCCGCCAUGCAACUCAUCGAACGGGACUUGAUUGCCUUGGAAACAGACGUAUCAUCCUAUCUCCCAGAACUAGCUGCUCAACCAAUUCUCCAUGGCUUUGACUCUGACAACAACCCAAUCUUGACGGAACGCAAAAACACCAUCAAAUUUGUGCACCUGUUGACUCAUUCCGCUGGCACGGCCUAUGAUAAGAUGGUUCCUAUCUUGGACAAGUACCGACAACACAUCAAUGACAACCCAGAGGAACGCACAACAAUGAAGACCAAAUGCGUGUACCCCCUUCUCUUCGAGCCGGGCACUUACUGGUCCUAUGGCACUGGCAUCGAUUGGGCGGGCAAAGUGAUUGAAGCCGUGACGAAGCAGAGCCUGCAGCAAUACAUGGAUGCAAAUAUUUUUGCACCGCUUAACAUCUCCAGGAUAAAAUUUAGCCCGUACCUUGACGAGGAAAUGAGGAGUCAAGCAGCAACAAUCGCUUUACGCAUUCCUUCUGGCGACUUGGUCAAUCUGCCGAAGGAGAAGAAUAUCGAUUGGAAAGAUGCAGAAUGUUUCGGUGGGCAUGGAGGAUACGCAGACCUGACUGACUACUUCAAGGUUCUCUCUUCAUUGCUUCUCGACGAUGAAGUACUGCUUUCAAAAUCCUCUACCUCCAUCUUCUUUUCUCCUCAACUUACGCCACAAUCCCACACUGCCAUCAACAAAGUCUUCACACAGCCAGAAAUCAUGGCAUUGUUUAUCGGCAAAUUCCCCACGUCCACAACUUACGAUUGGGGUGUUGGAGGUGUGUUGGUGGAUUCUGAGAAUGAUGACCACAGAGGCAGAGGAACAUUGAUCUGGAGUGGCAUGCCUAAUAAUUUCUGGUGGGUGGACAGGGAGAAGGGAGUCUGUGGGUUGUUUGGUACGCAGGUUUAUCCGCCUGGUGAUGGCAAGGUUGGGGAGAUGAUUGAGUUGUUUGAGAGGGAGGUCUAUGGUAAGGUUGGUGCUGGUGGUGAGGGUGGGGCCAAAUUGUGA